AUGGGAUGGAAUGGAGGGAUAGGUUGUGAGGGAAAGCUGGCAGCAUUAGAGAGGCAGAUCUUUGACUUCCUUGGUUUCCAAUGGGCUCCUAUCCUUGGCAAUUUCCUACAAAUAAUAGUUGUCAUUUUGGGUUUGUUUGGAACCAUCCAAUUUAGGCCUCGUUAUAUAGUUGUGUACACGGUGUGGACUGCCCUGUGGGUCACCUGGAAUGUUUUCAUUAUCUGCUUCUAUUUGGAAGUAGGCGGACUUUCCAAGGAAACGGAUCUCAUGACCUUUAACAUCUCAAUGCACCGCUCUUGGUGGCGGGAACAUGGACCCGGCUGUAUACGAAGGGUGGUUCGUCCUUCUGCCCCUGGUGUCCUAGAGGAUUACUCCUACGUCUCUGUGACAGGCUGCAUCAUUGAUUUCCAGUACCUAGAGGUCAUUCACAGUGCUAUCCAAAUACUCCUCUCUCUGAUUGGAUUUGUGUAUGCCUGUUACGUGAUCAGUAUUUUCAUGGAGGAGGAGGACAGCUUUGAUUUCAUAGGCGGACUUGACACAUACUCCUACCGACAGCCCCCCCAGGAACAUGUUGAGUUAAAGCCUGUAAAGCCUAUAGGUCGAAGUAAGUAAUGAACAUGGACUCAAGACUUCUGCUGCUGUAGCUGAAGAAACAGAUUUUAGAAGAAAAGACCAACCUUGUGACUCAUCGUUCUGGAAGAAACCCACCAUCCGUUCCUCACGGCAUGUGGAAUGUUCUUCCCACAGGCUCAGUGUCAUUAUCAGCAUUGUUAUUUCGUAGAUCUUUGUAGAUGAUCUUGAAUUUCUGAUUACUUAUAAGGACACUUGUAAAUUGUAAAUUUUUUUCUUUUUUAAUUUCAAUAUUUUUACAACGUUUAGUGUUGAGGCAUGAAAACAAAACAACCUGUGAAAACUAGAAGGGUGUGUCUUUCUAAAAAAUGUCAGUAUUUUUUGACUGAUAGGAUCAUACUGUGCCUGGUCAAGAUUGUGUAAAUUAACAGUAGUUUUGACUCCAAAAUAUGCAACAGGAGUCAAAUCCUAACAGUGUACAAGAGAUCAUUUCAAUGCUAUAUUUAGAAUUCACAAUGUCCACUCCUUGCAUUGUUUGAACUGCUGAAUGCAGUAGGAAUUGAUCUAUGACUCUUCUUACCCAGAUGUUCAAGCACUAACAUACUCACCUAAUUAUAGCAAUUCAGAUAUGAUUCCUUUUCCUUUCAUAGUCUCUUUUGCCCUGAAUCCACCACCAGAAGCUAUCUCUGAUUUGAAGAGAAGUAGGACGACCGCUCUAUGGGUGUCAGUCUCCAGGAACCUUUACAUCCAGGGCUGUUUAGAUGUCUGUGAUUUGCACAUUUUUAAACUCCUUUCCUCCCUUCUCCCAGGAAGAAGCCAAGCAUGAAUGUACAGUACAAGGUACCAACUGAAGCCUUAGAAGCCUCUGGGGACUAAUUUUUCUCUUAAUUUAAAAGUAAACAAGCAAAACUGAAAAUGUGUGUAAAAAUUUGUAAAGUUAUUUGUAAAUACUUCUAGACAAAGAACAUGUAUGUAACUGUGGUAUUUUGUUUUCUAUUCUGUCACCACUAGCAUAAAGUGAUACACAAAGC